AUGCCUUCUCGACGGUCGCAUACCAAAUCCCACCACGGGUGUCGGCAGUGCAAAGCAAGGAGAGUCAAGUGCGACGAGACAAGUCCUCAGUGCCAGCGCUGUGUGAAGCGACAAAUCCCCUGUUCGUUCCUCGGGAAUGGUUCCGAAGGGUUCCCGACACCCCCAGCAAACACGUCCACCCACGAUACAUCGACUCCCAAGAGCCUUGACCAGCAGCAGUCAGAUCCCGAGAAGACACGCUUUGGAGCACUAUCCACUCCGAAAGCAUCAUCUCCGUUGGCGACGGAGACAGACUCUACCAAUGUUGCCAAACGCUUUGAUAUCCUCGACAUGGAACUCAUCCAUCAUUACUCUACUCGAACCUACAUGACCAUGUCCUCGAGGCUCGCCACCCAUACUGUCUGGCGGGAUACUAUCUUCGCCGAAGCCUUGCGCCAUGAUUAUCUCUUACACGGCUUGAUGGCUACUGCGGCCUUGCACAAGGCCACUGUGCUGCUCAAGACAUCGGAUGCGUAUGCCGAGUACUCCAAAGUAGCCAUGGCUCACCAGAAUGCUGCCUUGGCUGGAUUCAUUCCGGCAGUCAGCAACCCUACUCAGGACAAUGGCAUCGCCUUGUUCUCGGUCUCUCUCCUUCUCACGAUCUGGGCCUUUGCAUCGAAAAAAUUACCAGAGGGUCUGAAUCGUGUGAAGCUGGACUUUGGCAGGGGCGAAUCGUCCCCAGGCAUCACUUUGCCACUGAACUCGCCGACGGCCGACUUCAUUGAAAUCAUCAUGAUCCUCAGAGGAAUCUAUGCGGUGAUCAGAGAGACCGACAAGUGGCUUCAAGGUGAUAUUGAGGAGCUGCUGCGGUAUCCGCGCAGUGAAGAUCUGCCUCCGCAUUCACCAGAGGUGGAGGAGGCCUUUAGCACGCUCCGCAAUGCCCUGGACGAUCCUCAACUAUCGUCACUUUGGGAGGGCGAUGACUCUCAGCGAACGAGGAAUCUCUUUCUCGAACAAAUGGAGCAGUUGCGUGACAUCUCGAGAUGUCGUUCCGUGGUCGAGUGGGAUGGUCACAUAUUUUCCUGGUUGAUCAUGGCACCAUUGUCCUUCAUCCAUUGUCUGAAGCAGAGUAACCCCUUGGCCCUGGCAAUAUUCGCUCACUGGGCUGCCAUGUUCAGGUGCAUGGAUCACCACUGGUGGGCAAAUGGCUGGGGUUACAGCUUGGUUGUGGAUGUGUCUAGCCUGCUAGAUCCUGUGUGGGCGAGAUACUUGGAUUGGCCCAGAAGACAAGUCGGGCUCGUGUUCCAGGGCGGCGGAGCUUUCGAUACACGACGGAUGACCUGA